GUGAUUCAUCUUGUCAAUAGACGAUCUUUGGCACAACUCAUAAAACAGGUUCCUGCAUGUCAUAAUUUGCAUUAAUUUGCAGAAUUCUGCCACACCUCCAUCAUCUUUUUAAUCCAGCAUUUUUGAGAUCAGAUCAAACGUAAUCCAUCCUGAUAUAGUCUGAAGUAACAAUGACGUGGUUUCCACUCAUUAAAGGUGACUGGAGUUUGUGUGUGUGUUACCAUAACAGCCAGUUUAAUAGGCCUGCCAGAGUCGUGUGAUUGUUCUUAGCCUUCCAUUUCACUGCUGCUGGAGAGUCAGUUUUUGGCAGAACACAAAACUGUAAAGUCGGGCCAUUUUUAUGUUAAAACCUUUCUUAAAGAUGUUUGGACAAUGUCAGAGCAAUUCUCAAGGUGUUUUUAACACAUUUCGGAAUGAGUAAAGACAAGAAGAAAAGGAUGGUAAAACUAGAGAAACAUGAUCCAGACACUUGUCCCAUGAUUGUGGGCAAAGUGAAGACAUCCAUUCCUAAAAUGAGAACUGUAAAGUCAAAGGAGAAGUUUAAAGUUGCAAUAUCAAAAAGCAACUCCACCUCAGCCAAUGUUACUACAUGUGAGACAUCAGGGAAUAUGAUGAAGCUUCGUGUCAACCUAAUGCCUUUUCUGGCUGCAGCCAAGGAGCCUGUGGAGGAAGAGGAGGAAAACAAAGAGGACAACAGCAGCACAAGUAAAAAGAGACCAGAAACCAGCAACAAAAAUGAGGACCAAUCUGUCACUAAAUCUGUGGAACAAACACUUGAUUCUUUCACAGGAUUAACUUUGGACACUGACACCAAACAACCAGUAAGUCCUCAGUUUGUGCUGCCACCUAUAAAUCAAUCUAAAUCAGCUCCUGAGUGUUGUGACCAUCACAAGAGCCUCGCUCCUCAACCUCCCAUCAGUUUAUCUGAGCAAACAAGGACCAUCUCCUCAAACUUCUGUAUAAAAGGCUGCGGAGACGGUGGAUUACUUACACGACAAGUAGCAAACAGCAGGCCCUGGAUAGACAAUCCCCUGUUCUCUAAAAGUAGAUCUCCUGAGUUUACUCUGCCUGAAAUCUCCUUGUCUAGUCUGGAUGCUCUGCUGCAGACAGUCACACAGAAACUGGGGAGGAAGCGGAGAGGCUUUGAUGAAGGGUCGUUGGGACGUAUUCAGUCCGAUCAUCUCCUCACGGCUGUUAGUGAACAACGUUUUAGAGAGAGAAGCAUCACAAGGAACAGAAACCUGGUCAACAUUAAAACAGUAACAGAAACAUCAGUGGGUGGAAGCAGUGUAACCAGACAGAGGAGCCUGCCUCCACUUUUAUCUGCACCGAAACAAAUGCUCAUCCUCAAUAUGACGAAGAAAAACAUCCCGACUUCCAACAUGCUCCAGUGAUUCAACAUAAACAACAAACUGAACUUACAACAUACAUCACAGUCUUUUGUUAAAUGAUACAGGAAACCAUUUGUUUAUUUUUUCUUUCAGGACAAGACAUUCACAACAGACAUAUACCCGUUUUUCUUUUUCUAUGCUAGCAUAUCUUCAGUAUAUAAUGUACAUCUUAUAGUGGAUCCACAGAUACACUAAUGUUCAAGUAGAACUUUUCAAGCAUUAUUCCUCAAAAGUAUAUUAAGUUCUGCAUAUUUCAGCUUUUUCAAUACAUUUAACCUUUAACAUAUUUUAUAUUGUAACAGUUUGCAUUUUAGAAUAAACUCCUUCCUAUACUUAUCAUGCCAAUGAUUAUGAUUGUAACAAUUUUUUGAAUAUGUAACAGUGCAUCACAGUAAUAACCUGCUUCGGACAUUCAGUCAGCUGUGUAAAUCUUUGAUAGAAAAAAAAGAAAAGAAAUACAGAGUUUAU